AUGUUGACCCUUGUGGGUCGGGGCUGGGGGUGCGCACGCGCGCUUGUGUGGCGGGCCACUGGGGCCUCGCUUCUGGUGGUCUCGGGGCCCUGGCCCGCGUUAACCUUCGGGGCUGCUGUGGAGUCCUGGGCAACUGACAGGCUCUACAGCUCCGCUGACCUCAAGGAAAAACUUGACAUGUCUAGAUUUCCUGUUGAAAAUAUUAGAAACUUCAGUAUCAUUGCACAUGUGGAUCAUGGCAAAAGUACUUUAGCUGACAGGCUCCUAGAACUUACAGGGACAAUUGAAAAGAAUAAUAAGCAAGUUCUCGAUAAAUUGUAAGUGGAACGAGAAAGAGGAAUCACUGCUAAAGCACAGACAGCAUCUCUUUUUCACAAUUGUGAAGGAAAGCAGUACCUUUUAAAUCUCACUGAUACACCGGGCCAUGUUGAUUUUAGUUAUGAAGUAUCCAGGUCACUUACUGCUUGCCAGGGUGUUUUACUUGUGGUUGAUGCAAAUGAGGGUAUUCAAGCCCAAACUGUAGCAAACUUCUUUCUUGCCUUUGAAGCACACCUAUCGGUAAUUCCAGUUAUAAAUAAGAUAGAGCUGAAGAAUGCUGAUCCUGAAAGGGUUGAAAACCAAGUUGAGAAAGUGUUUGAUAUUCCAGGUGAUGAAUGUAUUAAGAUUUCUGCUAAACUUGGAACAAACGUUGAGAGUGUUCUUCAGGCAAUUAUUGAAAGAAUCCCCCCUUCUAAAGUGCAUCGCAAAAAUCCCCUGAGAGCUUUGGUAUUUGACUCCACCUUUGAUCACUAUAGAGGUGUGAAAGCCAAUGUAGCAUUACUUGAUGGAGUGGUUUCCAAAGGAGAUAAAAUUGUAUCUGCACAUACUCAAAAGAUAUACGAAGUUAAUGAAGUAGGAGUUUUGAAUCCUAAUGAGCAGCCAACUCAUAAAUUAUAUGCAGAACAGGUGGGCUAUCUGAUUGCUGGGAUGAAAGAUGUCACUGAAGCACAAAUAGGAGAUACAUUACAUUUACAUAAGCAACCAGUGGAGCCCUUGACCGGGUUUAAAUCAGCAAAACCAAUGGUAUUUGCAGGAAUAUAUCCUGUAGACCGAUCUGAAUAUAACAAUCUAAAGAGUGCCAUAGAGAAACUGACUUUAAAUGAUUCCAGUGUGACAGUUCAUCAAGAUAGUAGCCUUGCUCUGGGUGCUGGCUGGAGGCUAGGUUUUCUUGGACUUUUGCACAUGGAAGUAUUCAACCAGCGAAUAGAGCAAGAAUAUAAUGCUUCUGUUAUUUUGACAACCCCUACUGUUCCAUAUAAAGCUGUACUUCCAUCAUCAAAACUGAUAAAGGAAUAUAGAGAAAAAGAAAUUACAAUUAUAAAUCCUGCACAAUUCCCUGAUAAAUCAAAAGUAACAGAAUAUUUGGAGCCAGUUGUUUUGGGUACUAUUAUCACACCAGAUGAAUACACUGGAAAAAUAAUGAUGCUAUGCCAGGCUCGAAGGGCAGUUCAGAAGAAUAUGAUGUUUAUUGAUCAAAAUAGAGUUAUACUUAAUUAUCUCUUUCCUUUGAAUGAAAUUGUGGUAGAUUUUUAUGACGCUUUGAAAUCUCUAUCUUCUGGAUAUGCCAGUUUUGAUUACGAAGAUGCAGGCUACCAGACUGCAGAACUUGUGAAAAUGGAUAUUCUACUGAAUGGAAAUACCGUAGAGGAGCUGGUAACUGUUGUACACAAAGACAAAGCACACUCGAUUGGCAAAGCCAUGUGUGAACGGCUCAAGGAUUGUCUUCCUAGGCAACUGUUUGAGAUAGCAAUUCAAGCUUCUAUUGGAAGUAAAAUCAUUGCAAGAGAAACUGUGAAAGCCUAUAGGAAAAAUGUUUUGGCAAAAUGUUAUGGUGGUGAUAUUACCUGAAAAAUGAAACUUUUGAAGAGACAAGCAGAAGG